AUGCAUGUGUCGCCUUUGGAAUUCGCCACUCUGGUCGAAGCUUUGCUUGAGGCAGCGCUAUUCGGGGUUUACGCCGUUCUGUUUGCCACUGUUGUCUACCUCUUCCGCAGCCGGGACCGAAGACCAGCUAAUAUCAUCCUGGCGGGGCUUGUGCUGCAGUUUCUGACCCUCACGGCGCACUGGUCAACUUCCCUCUAUCGGAUCUUGCAUAUCGUGGGAUGGCUCAGUCCCCAAGAGGCCGAGGAAUUUCUGAGUCAACUGUCGUCGAAGUCUUACUUGGUGGAUCUCAGCCUCUCUGGGGCGGUCUUCUGCAUUUCAAAUCUUCUCGUGAUACAUCGAGUCUAUGUGGUUUGUUCACGUCGGUUACCGUUCAUUAUACCAGCUCUAGCAAUGCUCCUGGGAGAAAUAAUCUCCGAGAUCGUACUUGUGUAUUCCGUUGGGAAAACUUGGGCAGGACAAUCGUUUGUCCAACUCUUUGCUUUAUCCAACCCUUGGGUGACAACUGCUCUGUCAACCUCCAUUAUGAUCAGUGUUUACAGCACAGUAAUCAUUUCGUGGAAAAUCCUUAGAGUUGCGCGUGUGGUGAAGCUUCAUCGAGCCGAGCCGAGCACCACCACAUCUCUCACAACUGCCCUUGUUAGUAUGGCAGAAAGUGCAGCACUUCAAACUGCAGCAACUAUUACCCUACUGGUUACAUAUCAGAUUGGCAUCGUGGUUCAAGUCAUUUUCAACGGAAUCGUCCCGGUCAUCGCUGGAAUUUCGACUGUGUUGAUUUACGCCCGUGUUGGGCUCGGGUGGGCCUAUGGAGGCAGUGAAGUAAUGGACCCGGGGCAGCGAUCUACGGAAUUGAGGAUCAGCUUUGCGCCGGCCCUCACUUUGCCGUUGGACGACAUCAAUACUGGAGGGGAGGUUGGGCGGAGGCAGAGUAAAUGA